ACAACCCAAAAUAUAGAUGCUUGUUAAUUUCGAUUUGACACGUGAUGCAUGCAAGGCUCUCUUUGCCACUAAAGUAAUCGACACACCACUACUAGGCACUAGCAAGCUCCAUCAAGCACGUACGAUGCAAGCAAGCAAAAGUUCUCCGCCGGUACUAAGGAAGAAGGAUGACGGCGAGGAGGACAUCACCGUCGACCUGUAUCCAUUCAUACGGGAAUACAAGGGCGGCAGUGUCGAGCGCUUACUGCACAGCCCAUUCGUGGCAGCGUCCGAGGACCCGGCAGAUAACCGUGGAGUGGCAACGAGGGACGUCGUCGUCGACAAAUCCACCGAUGUGUCCGCACGCCUGUUCCUUCCCUCCGUUGCAGCUGCCUCUGCCGGCGAGAGGAUCCCCGUCGUCAUGUACGUCCAUGGAGGAUCCUUCUGCACGGAGAGCGCCUUCUCUCGGACUUACCACAACUACAUCAGGUCUCUGGCGGCGCGCGCCGGGGCGCUCGUCGUGUCCGUGGAGUACAAUCUCGCGCCGGAGCAUCCUGUUCCUGCGGCCUACGACGAUGCAUGGGCGGCGCUACAGUGGGUGGCCACCCUCUCCGAUCCAUGGAUUUCCAACUACGCCGACCUCGGGCGGACGUUCCUUGCCGGCGACAGCGCCGGCGGGAACAUCGUCUACAACACGGCGGUGCGUGCGGCCAGCGGUGGUGGCAGCCGCAUCUACAUCGAGGGGCUGGUCAUCGUGCAUCCAUACUUCUGGGGGACCGACCGGCUGUCCAGCUCUGAGGCAGUAUGGGACGGCAUCGCAAUGUUUGCUCCUGAGGCCAUCGACAGGCUCUGGCCGUUCGCUACGGCCGGCCGUCUGGGCAACGACGAUCGCCGGGUCAACCCACUCGACGAGGAUAUCGCCUCGCUGAGAUGCCGCCGUGUGCUGGUCGCCGUCGCCGACAAGGACACCUUGCGUGACCGCGGGCGUCGUCUGGCAUCCCGCAUGCGUGACUGCUGCUCAUGGGCCGAUGAUGAAAACGCGGUGACAUUGGUGGAGUCGGAGGGGGAAGACCAUGGCUUUCACCUGUACAACCCGCUGCGUGCCACCAGCAAGAUUCUCAUGGAGAGCAUAGUGCGGUUCAUCAACCAGCGCACGGCGCCCUUGCCGCUGCAACUGCCACAAGUUCAAGAGCUACUUGCAUGCCAAGGUAAGAUGCACAGGGCCGUCCAGCCUGUUCUACGCGUGCCAACCAGGCCGUAUAUGGACGUACAUGGCUACGGGACGGCCCAUGAAAGCCAGAGAUGCGGCGACACGUACUAG